AUGAAGAUCCGUGUGGUGCAGAUAUGGGGUUUCCUCAUGACUGUUCUGGGGUGGAUUUUUGUGGCCUGCACUAUGGCGAUGGAGGGCUGGAAAAUCACUUCUAUCGGUGGGAUGGGUGGCUCUUCCAUCAUAAAAGUAGCUUGGUUCUGGUCGAGUCUUUGGAGGUCUUGUUACACGGACUCCACUGCUGUAAGCAACUGCUAUGACUAUCCCGUGUUGUGGUCGGUGGAGGGGCACAUCCAAGUCGUGCGUGGGUUGCUAAUGGCUGCACUUUCUGUGGGCAUGCUCGGCUUUGUGCUUAGUAUGUUGGGAAUGGAAUGCACAUAUCUGGGAGGUGAAGACCCUUCCAAAUACAAGAAGGUCUACGCCGGAGGAUGUUUUCAUAUUACCAGCGGUGUGCUGUCGACAAGUGGAUAUUGUGUCUAUGCUCAAUAUGUCUCAGCGGAAUAUUUUGACCCUGAUUUCAAUGACCUAAAAUAUGACCUUGGCACACCGCUGUUCUUGGGCUGGGUUGGCUCUGCCGUCCAUAUGGCUGGGGGUUUCUUCUACCUGUGGUCCGUGUGCAGGCCCCUGUGUGGAGGAGGAGAGGCAGUGUGA